AUGGCAACAAACGGUCAUUCAGGCUACCCAUUGAAGUGGUUUAAAGACCAGAAUACUGCAAGACAUUCUUGGGAAUGUGCUAUUUGUUUGGAAGUCUUGAAAGAUCCCGUCCAAGUGCGAGAUUGUGGACAUCAAUUUUGUUCCCUCUGCGUUGACGAUAUUCUCAAGUAAGUUUCACUUUCGCUAGUUUAUAUAAAUUUUCAUAAAAUAUAUUUCUAAGUAGAGAGUUUCUAUGAGUUGUAAUAUUAAACUCCUUGUCUUGUUAAUACGUUUCCUGGCAGGCAAACUUUGCAGUACAAAGGGUCUACAAAAGCUCUCAAGUCUGAAGUAAAUUUCCAUUGUUGAAUCACAAAAUAAUAUGGUGAACCGCACAAUCUUUUGCAUAACCGGAAUUUGUCUGUCAAGCAAACUGUAAACAAGACAAGGGGUUCUAUUAAGUUUUUACUGUAUAAUUAAAUUUCAACAUUAUUCAUUAUUAAACUUUAAUUUAAUUAUAAAGUGCAUUCAAUAUGUAUUAAUAUUUCAUGAGAAAAGACAAAAGCAGACAAAUUAAUACUUUCCAAUAUGUGGAAAAUACCACUAUCACAUAUUGUAGCUGAAGCGAUUCGACUCUCAAGAUCUAUCACCAAUUUUCAAGAGGUGUCGUGGCUUCUGUCUAGACUAUUUUACUGAAUUCGCGUAGACUUUGUCGUUUCUCGUUAAUUGUAUAAUUUGAAUUCGUAAACUACAAAGUUAAUGCAAUAGAUAUUAGAUUAAGCUAAGCUAAAAUCAAAUAAAAACAAGUUGAAUUUCUAACUAGAUAACUUAUAUAUUUGUUUAAACUGCUUCCAAAGGUUGUUCAUACGUCUAGUUCUCAAUUCCUAAUGACUAAGUUCGGCGUGUCACGUCUUAGCACAUGCAAUACAGUUUGAAUAACUAAUUAUGCUAAUAUAUACAUUUACACAUAUAUUUAUUAAUCAUGAAGAUUCAAGCUUGUAAACGGAUUAAGAGCUUUGCUAUAAUAAAUGUAUGUAGUGUUUCACAAAAAGUUGUGUUAUGUUUAACCCUUAAGUGGCAAUGCGUCCUGAUGUGCCCUACUUUAUCAUUUUACUCUGUCUAACACCAGACAAUUUUACUUGGGGAGAAUUUUACAGAUAAUUUUACAAGGGGAGAGUGCUGCCCCUCAAUGGGUUAAGGCGGCUGUUUCAAAUUAAAAUCUAUAUUUCAACAGGGCAGAUCCUCGAUGUCCAUCUUGUAGAAUUGAAAUAUCUCAUGCAAUGGUAUGUUGUAUAUUAAAUUAAAUUUUGCAAUAUUUUAUCUGCUGGUUAUUAGUGGUGCUCUUUAAUAUUGCAAAAUAAUUUCUAGAUUUUUGAAGACCAUGCUGCGAGAAGAAUGAUCAAACAGCUGGAAGUAAAUUGUUGUAAUGAAGGAUGUAGUUGGCAGGGGUGUCUGAGUACUCUUUUACAGGUACAAUUGUCUUAUUUUGAUCUUAAACCAUUGAGUUGCAGCACUUUCUCCUUAAUUGACAAAUACAUGAAAAAAUGAAUGAUUGGCUAAGAGUUAGUAUGUACAAUUUUACUGAAAUACAGUACGAGCAAAAAAAUGUAAUUCACUGCCAAAAAAGUAAUCCAUAGCAAGUGCCCAAACAAAAGACAUGUUGAUGUAAAGUUUGAAUUCUGACAUGCAGUUUUGAACUUGUAUUAAGUUGUGUCAUUCAAAUGAGUGAAUGAAUUAUUUAUUUUGGCAAUUUGCAUGUGACUAGUACUGUACAUGUUGUGCGAGUUUUCUUACAAUCUGGAAAUUAUACAUAAAAUUAUGUGGCUUAAUUAUGUGGUCAUGAGAUUUUAGAUUAUAGUCUUUGAAAGACUUGUGCAUGCAUGCAUGCAUGCAUGCUGCGUGUUUACGAAAAGUUCCCAUAGCCAUAGGAAUCCUAAUUUCCUAUAGGAAUUCCUGAUAGUACAUCUGGGUUUUCUAUUGGAAUUUCUAUAGGUAUAUAAUUUUCUAUAAGCAUUCUAACUUAUAGAGAUUCCUACAGGAAUUCCUAUGGAAAUACAGAGUGUACUGUAUAACUAUAAAGAAGGAAAACUUUCUAAUCAUUUGAAUGAGCAUCACUGCAUAAAAAUUGUCAAAUUACUAAUUAAUCUUGUUUCUAAAACUUUCACCUUUGCGGUUCAUAAUUUAUUUCUUAUUUUUAUUUCUCAGGGAUAUUCAAAAGGUUAAUUUAUUUAAAUUCACAACGUUUCGGACAUUUUGAAUGUCCGUCUUCAGGCGACAACUGUUGUUAAAUUCAAAAAAUUUGAAUGUCCGUCUUCAGGCGACAACUGUUGUUAAAUUCAAAAAGAUUUUUUGAAUUUAACAACAGUUGUCGCCUGAAGACGGACAUUCAAAAUGUCCGAAACGUUGCGAAUUUAAAUAAAUUAACCUUUUGAAUAUCCCUGAGAAAUAAAAAUAAGAAAUAAAUUACUAAGUAAUCAUAUCAUCAGUUCGAAUAAAAAUGGUUCAACUGACCACAGAGGGACAAAUUUUACUGUUAAUCAGCUCAUAAUUAAUAUGUUGGAUGAAACCAAUUUCAAGUUUUAAUUAAAUAACUUCGUUAUGCAUAAAAUUCACUUCUGUUCUGGUUUUUCUCACCCGUGGGUUCAGCAUAUAGUUCUAUGCAUUCAAAUUCCAACAUUAGCUUCAUUUCUAAAGGUCUCAUUGUUUUAUACACCCUGUAUAAACUCCUUAACAGUGGAAUUUUUUUGUAAGACGAUCUUGUUUAUUCAGUUUUCGAAAUUGAUAUGCAUUGAAAACCAUCCUAUUACCUAUACUUAUUCCAUCUAGGAUCAUCAGAAUAGCUGCACCUUUCUGAUCCGCAGUGGUGAUAAUGUUCAUCAACUUGAUGUGGGAAAACUUGAGCAAAAACUUGAAACACUCAUGCUCAAAGUUUCAACUUUGGAAAAGAAGGUGGCGAUAUUAAUUGGUGAUUUAUUUUCUGUUGGACUGACUUUAUUAGACUAGUCUAUUUUACAUAAUGGUUAGUUGAAUUUCUAGUAAUACUGCAUGUCUAAUUUUCAUAUUUCUAAAUUAAUUAUAGCAUGAACAAGAUAAAUUGAAGGUUUGUAACUAGUAAUUUUGGCAUUGCUUCUAUGCAUGGUGACACCAUGCUCGUGAUUUAACCCUAGUAUUCUACUGUAUUGAAUCUAUUUUACUGUACAUCUGUUUGACUUUAUAUUUUAAUUUUCAUAUUUAUUAUUUAAUAGCAUGAAGAAGAUAUUAAAGAACUUAUAUUGAAGGUACUGUAACUACUACUGUACUAUACAUGGUAUGUACUGUACAUUAUCUUAUAUUAUAAAUAGUAAUGAUAUUGACCUAUGUUUCAAGUGUUCCUAAAAUAUUCUACCAGCUAGUUCAUAUACUUACACAAACCAAUUCAUUUGAGACAUAUUGGACCAAUUACUCGCAACCUUUUGUGUUUGAUCAUUUCUAGUCACUUCCUGUCUCUUUAUGAUUGGUCAAUUGCAACAAAACCAAAGGGGAUUGGUGCAUUCCUACCCGACGUUUAUAAAUACACUCUUUCCACAUACUUUUUCUUCUUGGAGCCUCACUCUCAUUAGUGUAAAUUAUGCAAGGUGAUUGGCUCAUGAUUCAUAUGAGAGCGAGGCUCCCAGGCCAAAUCACGUAAUCACCGAAAGGGUGCAUUAUAGGGGAAGUUAUCAAGUUUUCAAGGAACUCACCAAAUGACUUGCUAGAAUCUUUUAGGACUACUUCCAUUGCCAUGGAUGACUGUAAAGCCAUCUACACCACCACAUGCAUUGCAUGCAUGAAAUUGACAUCUUUACUAAUAUUGCAGCACGAAAAUGAGAUGAAGCAAGUCAAGACAAAGGUAAAAGAAAGGUUUUUGACAAGUGUGAAAUAUAUAGUACAAUAUAUAAUCCAGAUUUUGCGCGCUUAAAAUAGUUUGCAUUUUGAACGUUCAUUCUUGUGACUGCAGAAUUAAAAAUGUUAUCGAUUUCCAGAGCAUCCACAAUUUUGUGUUCUCUUAAUAUUCUAAGGUAGUUGCAAUUGUUAAUUUAGACAUUCGGCAGCAUGUUGAGAAUGCUAAACAUAAUUUAUUCAGAUUGUGAUUAUUAACAGUAUAUAUAUUUGAAACUAUUUCAUAUUUGGUAAAAGUUUAGCCUGUGAAAUAAUGCAAGAUAUCUUUUAUAAAAACAAACCUGAAAAUAAAUUGUACUCUUUCAAUAAAUUCGCUCUUUCAUGACCUCAGGCUUUGUUUUACAAAAUUAAUAAAACCUCACACAAACGUCAACUUGGCCGCAUCUGCUAAAUAUAUUGAUUAAUAAUAAAUCUCGUGAAAUUGGCUUAACCAAUAAAAACGCGUAAAUUUUCAUUGUCUGACAGACUGAUCAGGUCAAAAAAGCUGGUUUUGAUUUUUUAUUUGUCAGUUUUGAGUUUUUAUUUGGUCGUCCCCUUUCUCUCCCGUCCACCCACAUUUCAAGAUCUAAAUUGCAGGGCUCGAAAUAACGGCCGAUCAACGAUCAUUGAUCGGCAGGAAAUUGUUUUUGAUCGGCGAAAAAGCAACGUUGCCGUUCAUCUUGAUCGGCAAGAAAUAUAUUUGAGUAAUUUGACCAUUGUCUGAAAGACAUGCUUACCUGUACGCGGUAAAAGACAAAUAAAAAUAACAUGAAGCACAUUCAAAAACACGCGAAAAACUCUUGUUUAGUUGAUACGAGUCAUACGACAGGCCGCAAUGCUAUGAAGUAUUGUCGUCUCCGCUUCAACAGUCUGCAAUCCGAACCACGACGAUGAAUGUCUUUGUCAUAAUAAUUUCAAAUUGAUAGGAUUUUUUGAGUAGGAUUUUUUAGGAUUUUCUCUUUUAAUAUUAAAUAAUAAGUUUUAGUGAACUGCUGUGUUUCUUGCUUUUGUGUGAAAAAAUACAAUUACAGUAUACUAUAAUUAAAACUAAUUAAACUAAAGUUUACUACUGUAAUACAUGUUAAAUGUAGUUACACUAUUAGUAUUGUCAGUAUUGCAUAUAUAAGUCCACAAAUGUCAUAGAUUUAAUUGUUUAAACUCGAAUUUGAAAUGAAGUUAUUAAACGUCCUCUUUUAUAGAUGUGUAUUUAAUGGCAUAUUUAGAAUUUUUUCAAAGAAAUGAGGGCAAAUGCUCCUGAUCGGCCAAAUUUUUAUUUGAUCGGCAAAAAGUCGUGAUUGCCGAUCACCAUGAUCGGGAACGUUGGGAACGUUAUUUCGAGCCCUGAAAUUGUCUAUAUUAUGACUUCAUACUCGUCCCAGGGAUACGAUCACUGAUCUUGCACGUGAUCGACAUUGUACAAACCCCGUUUAACUUAUAUUUAUUCUGUCAUGUAUUCUAACAUGCAUGAUCGAAUCUGACUUCAUACUAUUUCUAAUUGAUGAUUCAUAAUCAUAUUAUACUAACAUCCCAGGAGGCAUUGAAAAUUGGUUUUGUUAUAACUGCUGGCUGUUUUUAAUAAUUCAUUAUUUAGACUAAAUACAUUGAAUUCCUCGUACGGUGGUCAUUUCAUGAUUUUCCUAACGUAUCGUUUUCUUUUUCAUUAUUGCUCAUAUUCCAGUGUGAAAACGAUUUGAAGCAAGUCCAGUCAAAGGUCAGUUCACUUUUUUCCAGUUAGGAUAUUAAUUUUACCACACUUUCUAUAUGUUGUGAUGACGAGCAGAAGAAUUCAAGCCAAAGUUCAGUUUCUUAAGGCCUGUUUACAUCCAGAUACAUCUGCAUGUUUAAGAUCCAGACACACCGGACGCGCGAUUCGACAACGCGACGCGAUUUUUCGAUUUUCACUGACCGAUAACUUUGAUUCUAGUUUAAAUUUUCCAAAUAUUUAGAAGCGGUAUAACAUUUUGAGUUAUUUGGUCUACAUAUCUUUCAAAAUUUGCUCUCAUUGGCUGUUUUAUUAACGUUCUGGACCUUUACUAUUAAAGUCUGGCAGCGGUCGUAAAAUUGAGUCCCGAUCUUUCUCAUCCGCCGAAAUACAACAUUUUAGAACAGUUGGAAAAUACGUGGAGUGAUUAUAACUAGAGAAUACUUAUGAUUUAUAUGUGGUUUACAUGUAAACUAAUUUUGUAACACCGUUGAGAAAGAUCGUGACUCUAGGAAAACCAGGCUUAAGAAAUUGAAGUGUAAUUGGGCGUCGUAAUGUUUAUAUUUUUUAUGUUUCAUGUUUUAUGCAAAGAAAGGGGGAGAAUCACUUGCCUUAAGUUAUAUAAAUGACCAUUUAACCAACAGAUGUGUAAUUCUGAUAACAAAUAAGAAUGUCUGCAUGCGUUAGAGAAAAAUCUUUUAAAUAUAGUCUGUGUCAGGCUAGUUUGCAAAAACCCUUCCGUUCAUGCUUUUUAUAACCCAACUUCGUGUCCUUAAGUUCUUACAGGAUUGCAUACUCACGACGUUAAAUGUUAGCCGGAUUUGUUAAAUCUCUGUAAAGCACGCUUCAAAAAAAUCAAAUAUCGCAUUGCAAUUGUCAGGUGUAUAUAUUUUGAAGUAACCAGGAGAGGACCCUUCACCUGGUGAAAACCCUGCAUGUGAGAGACACUGAGUAUCAAGUUGAUUUUCAAGGUCCGUAUUUUAAAUCGCUUUAGCAUGACGAAGAUGUAAGAGUUCUCAGACAAGAAAUAUUAAUGUCUCGAACCACGGGAGCUGCGCAUCCUCGACAAGCAGUCCACUUUUCUCCGCACCUCGCACCGUACCAAGAACCUGAAGCAACUUACACUUGGAAGAUUUCAAAUUUUACAAGAAAGCUAGCUCGAGCGAUAUCGUUCGAUGAUGUUGGUUAUCUAGAAAGUGAAUCGUUUUUCAGCAGUCAUGGUUACAAGAUGAAACUUGGCAUCAAUUUAAAUGAAGCACCAUCUGGUUACGCAGGCUACAUGGGGAUUUACAUGCACUUGAUGAAAAGUGAUCGAGAUGGAGCCCUGCCCUGGCCUUUCACAAAGCGUUUCACAUUUAUUCUUGUUGAUCAACAAGAUGACCUUAUUCAAAGAGAAAACAUUGGGGCCGAAUUAGUUCCAGAAGGAGAGAAACAUUUUAAAAGACCUAGGCAGCGCGAAAAUGAGGGUUGGGGAUUAUCAGACUUUGUUAAACAUUCAACUCUACAUACUCGUCAAUACAUUAGAGACCACACUGUAUUCGUCAAGAUUGUGGUAGAGCCAUGAAAAAUAUAACCAUAAUUACACGUAUAUUUGGUGUGGACGCUUACCUAUACUGUAGUAUAGUACCCUAUAUUAUCCAGACAUUCGAGUACUUAGAAUAAUUUCCUUUCAUGAUUUAAUAACAAAAUAACCACUAUAUAGGUAGACAUCCACACCAAAUUUAAUUAUGGUAUAAAUUUGCGCGCUUAACUUUCUGAAGAUAUGCCAGAAUUUGCUGAACCUAAAAAUUAGCGGUGUCCGUUUGCAAAGAAUAUACCUAGUGAUACAAAUUAAUCGAUCUUCUACCUGCUAGAUACGAUGCAAUGUACAAUUUUAGAGCCCAUAUAUAGUCUUCAAUCUGUUCUCUACAAAUACCAAGAGAUUCCAGAGCACUUUUAUCCCCUACAUUUACUUACCUAUACUAGUUAUUAAUAGUCUUACCUUUAGUAUACUAGCUUGUAACAUAUAAUUAGGUACAUGGGUUAUUAGAGGUUUUUAACAUUUAUAUAAUGCCUAUAAUGUUUACAAUAUUUAUAAUGCUUAUAAUUGUAAUUAUAAUCGUCAUGGUUAGUUGUAAAUCACGCAAUUCAGCUUCAGUUGACGGCUGUUUUUAAACUAUAGUACAAUUCAAAAUGAAUAUUUAUGAUAGGAAUAAGUAUAGGUUAUUUUGAGGCAACGAGGGAAUAUGUGAGAGGUGCCUCAAAAUAACGUACUUAUUUUUCACAUUGCGAGGUCGCGUUAAUGAGUCAGAAUAGAAAUAAUUCUCAAUGCCGUAUUGCCUUCGUGAUGUUGUUUUUUCUCAUUUUUUUGUGCUGCAAAGACAUUCAUUGCAGGUGAAUGUUAGAGGGGAUUGUUAAACGGAAAUUGAUAAGAGGGGAAUAUUGAAUAUAUUCCCCGAUAAGAACAAAGCAACCGAGCAGGGUGAAAAAAAAGAAUAUAAAUUUGAAACAAAAUUGGAAUAAUGUAAAAAUAAUCCGCUUCCAACCCCGAUGGACGGCGUGACUACAUGGCAUGCAUUUAGUUUAAUAAACUCAUAACACCCCCAACCUGUCCUUGACUCAGUUGAUGGCCAUCAUACAUGAAACUUGAAUGCAGGAAAGUUACCAUUCACGCAAACUUAUAGUUUGAGUGUUUGACCACUCAGCUAAUUGUUGGAACUUUUCAAGACUCGGGCGCUAAAGUUUUUAAUGUGUUUUUUAAUAUUUUAGAAAUGAAAACAAUUUUAAGACACAUUCAACAAAAACAUUUUUAAAGAACGAUUGCAUUAAUUAGUCCUAUACAAUGAUUAAUAUACAGUAUUAACUCUAUUAGGCAUUUUAGAUAGAUUUUAUUAUAUACUGUAGAGUAGUAAACAUUCUAAUUUAAUAGUAGAGCAAUUAAGAAUUAGAGUACUAUUGAAUAAUUAGUACUGUUUUAUAGUUGAACAAAUUCAGAUCUUAAUUAAAAAUAAUAACUCGUAUGUAUAAUAUUCUAAUAUAUAUAUAACCAUAUGUGAUUUAAUUUAAGUAACCAAUUGUAAAUUACCUCAAGAAGUGAGAUUUGAAAUUGUAUAUAUACAGGAAAAAGUUAUAUUAAUAAAGUUAUUAUUAUUAUUAUUAUUAACAUUGCAAAUUUUCUCACUGUUAAAAUGCAGCCGAACUAUUUGAGAGUGAAGAUGUUACACUGUGUUUUUGUCAAAGUCGUAAUAUUAAAUCUAGACAAUAGACAUUCUUCAGCACUUCGAAGAUUUCCUCAGAUUGUGGAUAUUAACAGUAUGCAGUCAUUUCAUAUUUAGUACUUUUAAAAGUUUGGUCUUAAAAUAGUGCUAAUGGCUAUUAUAAAGAAAAUUUCAAAAUAAAUUAUUGUACUCUUUCAAUAAAUGCUAUAUUAUAUUACGCCAUAACUGGGUAUCUUUGGGCUUCGUACGUGCUUGGUCACUUCCUUAUUUUUCUAACUUAACGUUUUCUUUUUAAUUGUUGCUCAUAUUCCAGUGUGAAAACGACUUGAAGCAAGUCCAGUCAAAGGUCAGUUUUUUAGUUAGAGAAUAUAUUCUUUUAUUACGAUUGUUUAUUACUGCAACCUAAUAUUUUUGGUGAUUUUAACCUAUUAAAAACCAAUUGUGACCUGAUCUAUUUUGCACUUUCUAACAUUGCAGCAUAAAGGUGAGUUAAAGCAAUUCAGGACAAAGGUCAGUUAAAUUUUUUGACAAGUAAGAAAUGUUGAUGUACUUGUAUGUUUCCUUAGAAACUAAAAGUGUUCUUUUUCUAAAUUUUGGAAUUUUACUUGUUCUAUACUAGUUCGAUGAAGAUGUGAAGCUUCUUGGGCAAAAAGUUGAUUUGUUACAGGCUAUUGGAGCUGCGCAUGCUCCACUGACAACGCAGUUUCCUCAACGACCCUUACAUCAACAAGAACCUGAACCAGAUUACACUUUCAAGAUAGCAAACUUUACAAGAAAGCUUGCUCAAGCUAAAUCGGAUAAUGAUGAUGGUAGGAUUGAAAGUAAACCUUUUUUCACAAGCCAUGGUUACAAAAUGAAGCUUUCUGUUAAUUUAAAUCAAGCACCAUAUGGUUACGCAGGAUACAUGGGUGUUUACUUAGUGUUAAUGAAAAGUGAUCGAGAUGGAAUCCUACCCUGGCCUUUUGCAAAGCGUUUCACAUUUGUUCUUGUCGAUCAACAAGAUGACCUUAGUCAAAGACAAAACAUUGAGCACGCAAUAGUUUCGGAAGGACAGAAUGUGUUCAAGAGACCAAGGCGGCGCGAAAAUGAAGGUUAUGGAAACCCAGGGUUUGCUAAACAUUCGACUCUACGUACUCGUGAAUACAUUAGAGACCACGCUGUAUUCAUCAAGAUCCUGGUAGAUUCAUGA